CUGUUCUAGCAGCCUGCCUUUUCCAGAAUGAUACAGAUCUUGGACCCAACACCCUUGCCAAGCUCCAUCAUGCCUGUGGACGUAGCCAUGAGAAUUUGCUUAGCCCAUUCUCCACCACUGAAGAGUUUUCUCAGCCCCCUUGAGGACUGUCAAAGAAAAAACUUUGUGAACAGAUUCAAACCUCUCAGACCGUGUCUUCAUGUGAAACGUGACUCUGAAGCUCAGAAGAGUGACUGGAACGACUCGGCAGCCCGAGCCAAGAAGCGAGUUGUGUUUGCGGACUCAAAGGGGCUGUCCCUGACAGCCAUACACACCUUCUCCGAGUUCCAGGAGCAGCCUGGGUGGGAUCUUCAGUUUGACCUCUUAGGCCUUGAAAACAUAACAUCUGGCUUAAAACUACAUGAGGAGAAAAACUUGAUUCUGGGUUUCCCUCAGCCCUCAGCUGACUACCUGGACUUCAGGAACCGCCUGCAGAAGAACUUGGUCUGCCUGGAGAACUGCACCCUGCAAGAGAAGGUGCUGUCGGGCACUGUGAAAGUAAAAAAUGUGAGCUUCGAAAAAAAGGUUCAGCUUCGAAUUACCUUUGAUACAUGGAAGACCUACAUGGACAUUGAGUGUGUAUACAUGAACAAUGUUUACAGUGAUUCUGAAAAUGAUACCUUCUCAUUUACCAUUGACUUGCCUCCUGCCAUUUCCUCUGAAGAGAAGAUAGAGUUUUGCAUUUCUUACCAAAGUAGAGAACAUACCUUCUGGGACAAUAACGAGGGUCAGAAUUACAAGAUUGUCCACGCAGAGUGGAAGCCUGAUGGUGUUCAGAUACCAUCUGCCAAGAAAGACUGUGUAGAUCUUCAGACUCCAAGGAGAGGACAAGAGAGAGAGCCUGAUGAGCUAGGCAGUCCGAGACUGUCCAGUGGUCUCUUUCCCCAGUGGCAGAGCUUGGGUCAGAUUGAAAAUUCAUCACCAUAUUGGUGA